GGGCGGUACAUAUAGCAUGCGGGUAGCCUAGGUGCUGGUCACCUAUCCUCGGUGCGAACGAAGGCAAAAAUGAAGUACUCGGCACGCGUCGCCUCUGUCCUCGGUCUCAUCGCCGGCGCGAAGGCGGGCACGACCAUCUGGUCUGGCUCUUUCAACAGCUAUCCUAACGUUAGCGCUUUCGACAACUGGUCGUGGUCAAAUGAAGUUGGAGAAUACCAAUGGUACAUCCAUGGGACGGAGCCUACGAGUCACUACCUCGCUCUGGACCCAAGCUACAAGAACCCCGCUGACACCUCUGAGACCAAUGGUCUGCGCAUGACCAUUGAUUCUACUGCACAAUGGAAUUCGCAGAUGGAGAGGUCGGAACUCAUCCCGCAGACGACCCAGAACUUGGGUACGGGCGAGCUCUACUACCACUUCUCCAUCAUGCAGGACGGUACCAACCCGCCAGACUCCACCUUGGAACAUCAGAUCUUCUUCUUCGAGUCACACUUUACUCAGCUGAAAUAUGGUGUCAGUCCGAGCCCGACCGACUUGCAGUGGAUGAUCCAGGAUACGCCGUACUGGAGUGCUCCCUUCACCGCAGGCACCUGGUUCAACUUCGCAUACGACAUUGAUUUCGAUGCUGGUACCGUCGGGCUCUGGGCCUCCACCGGCUCAGACCCUCUCACGAAGGUCGUGGACAACAUCGCGACGUCCACCUCGACCAACUCUGAGGACUUCCACGUCGGUAUCCUGCGCCUCGUCAACGGGCCUGGUCAGGAGGACUACUACGUCUCUGGCGUCUACGUCGAGUCUGGCCCCAUCACGACGGCCAUCGGCGACGGCUCUGCUCCGCCGCCGCCGGCCAGUGGGUCGGGCACGACCUCCGUCGCUCCUACAACUUCCGUCGGGCCGACGACGACCGUCCCGCCGCCUCCGACAACCACCACGCCCGUCACGGGCCCGGCGCAGACCCAGUACGGGCAGUGCGGUGGCACCGGCUACACUGGCCCUACCACUUGUGCAUCGCCCUUCACAUGCGAGGCUAUUUCCCCGCCAUACUACUAUCAGUGCCUGUGAACAUCGGAAGGCCGUAAACGUUUUACUAUUUAGGAAGCGUGUAAAAAGAUCGACUGCUUAUGCCGUUUCUGAACGCGAUUUUGCACUGGUCCUGAGUCCCGCUUGAAGUCGCUUGAGUAGACGAACAUAUUAAGCUGUCAAGCCUAUCACACCACACGCCGCUCUGGCACCGGCAUUGCCGGUUUUCAGAGACUCUUCGUCAUUGCCGCGGCCGAGAUCAUCGGUUCCCGCAUGCAAGACAACAGAGCGCCCUACGAUACUGAGUGGGCCAUUCAAAGAGAUAAGCUUGUCUUCAAAGUUGAACCUGGCAACGCCGUCCUCGUUGCCCUCAAUGUUGCCAAGGUCGCCGACAUGCCGCUCAUUGUCACCAGGGGCACCGUGGUUCUUGUUGAAUGGAUUGAAAUGGGCCCCAGCGGAGGCACAUCCGUUGGAUAGGUCUCCCGAGACAUGAAUAUGGAAGCCACGCUUGGACGAGGGGUCCAAAUUCUUCAGAUCACCCGUGAUUGACACAGGGCCAAGCGGUGUGGACUGCUCGAAGGUGACAGUGCCGGUCACGUCAGAGUCGCCGCUGAGUACGGUAACGGCCUUGGUCACUACCGGCACCGGUGCGGACGCGGUGGGUCGCAUGAGCAGCCAGAGCACGACCACUCCGGCGAUGACGCCGAGCACGGUGAACAGCGCCUUGUUUUGUACCGGUUUCGACCUUGAGUUAUAGGUGUCCAUGGCAGCCUGUCCGUCUUCAAGGU